AUGCGGCCCUCCGGGGGCCUGGGGGCGCUGUGCGUGUGGGCGACACUGGACGCACAUGGGGACCGGCGGCGACUGGUCGGUGUGAUGGAGGCGGCGGAGACACGGGCAGCGCCGGGAGGGGAGGAGCGGGAGACCCGGGACCAGGCGACGAGGAGACAGGAGUUACAUAAUAAGAUCAAGGAACAAAACGUUGCCAUCAAUGAACUGUCCAACUUAAAGGAAACUCGAAGAGUUUAUAAGCAGCAACCCAACAGCAACAUAUUCUUCUUGACAGAUAAGACAACAGCUCUGACUGAAUGUAAACGUGCAUUUGAUGAGUUGAAGAAAGAACACCAAGAUUUGGAAAACCCUGAUAAAAUGAUGAAGUAACAAAGCAGACUCUUGAUAUUUCGUUAUUCCUUGAAGACCGUUCGGUAAAUUGAAGCAAAAGCACAAAAU